AUGCACCGCCACACUGUUCCAGCGCAAUUUCGACUCCUUCGCAUACACCCCACCAACAUCUCGGAAAGCAUCAUUUCAUGCCAGCUCUUCACUACUAGUCUUGCUGAAGAACCAUCAUACAAUGCUCUGUCCUACGAAUGGGGCCAAAGAGACAUCACCAAACCCAUUGUAGUCAAUGGUACCAGAGUCCAGGUUACCCCCGAUCUCGAAGCCGCAUUACGGCGCAUCCGUCAGUCUGACUCAGAAUUCAUCCUCUGGGUCGACGCAGUGUGCAUCAACCAGCAAGAUUUCGACGAAAGGAAUACCCAGGUGGCCAUGAUGAGCAGACUGUAUUCCAAGACUACGCUGGCUUACGCAUGACUGGGUGAAGAAGAUGAUGGUAGCGCUCAACGUACUUCCCUUAUCCGCGGUUUCGUCGGUAAUUUUAACAAGCGUUUUGAGGACAUUGAUCAAUUCACUAUCAAAUCCAGUAGGGGCCUUUGCGACGACAUAAACUGGAGGGUGUGCGCGUAUGUUACACGAAAUCUUCGGGAUGGUAAAUUGGCAUUGGUCAUAGUUAUCU